AAAAAAUCCCUCCGUUUGACAUCACUGCCAUAAGAGCAAGAAAUGAGAGAGGAGAAAUGAUUUUGCAUUGUCGGAACUCUUGCAUGACUUUGCAUAAUUUUUAUGUCACGUAUUCGAUCAUAACAAACAAUAUAAUAAAUGAGAAAAAUGGGAACCGUUAAAAAGUGGCCUAGCAAGUUAAAAUGCGCGAGUCAAGCGGAGAUAUUGCGAUCGCAUCAACGGGACGACGAUUUUGUGAAACACCUGAGACAGAAACUAUCCGAGACACUGCAAAAUUUUGGAGUACACAGAACGUUUUUCCAAUGCAUUCAAUCCGACAUUCCUCUCAAAUUAGUAUAUUUUGUUUUCACUUCGGGGAUGGGAAAUCAAACAUUGGGCGAGGAAUACACCGGUAUAGUACAAGCUAAUUUGGAGGCGCGCAAAGUUCCGACAUUAACUGUCAGGAUAUUAGCAGCAAUUUUGGAAUGCCUCGGGGAAAGAAUGUUGCUCAAAUUAUUAGGACAGUGUCAAAUGUAUGUAAAUCGUCCGCAUAGUCAGCUGACACCAACAGCGAUAACAUUUUUUAAUACUUUUUUGACCAAAUUACGUACUAUGAUACCUAUAAUAGUGCUAUUCCACAAAGGAUUAUUUUAUAUAUAUGGUAGAUACUAUAGUUUGGGUAGAAGAAUUGCAGGAUUAGAUCAUACAAAGGUUCACGGUCCUCGACCAGUCGAUACCGUCAGCUGGGGAUUAAAGUUGUUAGGAAUUGCUACUCUAAUUCAAUGUCUACUAAGAACUUGGCAGUAUAGCAUAACACAAGAUUCUUCAAUCACAAGUGUAUCUAAUACAAAAUGUAAUAGUCAUAGUUGUCAAUUAUGCCUCGAAGCAACAGCAACAACUGCAACAUUAUGUGGUCAUUUGUUUUGUUGGACUUGUCUCAGUGAAUGGUUACGUGUUAAACCACAAUGUCCAUAUUGCAGAGAACAUGUACCACCAUCAAGAAUUAUACAUCUAAUGAAUCUAUAAUUUUCUGAUAAUUUUUUCUGUGAUAGUUAAUUAUAUUCUUUGA